UUGUAGGUCAAUUUUGCAAAAAUCCCAAUAUAGUUUGGGAUAAUAUAUAGUAAUGAUAAAAAUGGAUAAAUGGAAGAAAUAUAGUGUCAAGAGAAGUAAUCUAGUAAUUAGCUAGUUAUGACCAAUAUAGUAUUCGAAUUCUUUUUGAGUGAAAUUAAAUUAAUAGACUCAUAGUUUUACUUUUUUUAAUAAUUUUCCCUAAAAACAUGAUUGUCCAAAUCAGCUAUGGUCGUGAUACAUGUGCUUUGCUGUGGCCCCCUCUAACCUGAACCUUAUGCACCUCAUAUUAUUGAGAAUGUGGUCCAAUCGGAACAAAAUCUUAUAGUAUUUAAAGUUAUCACCAGCUAAAUGAGGCUAACAAAAUCAUUUAUUUAAUAUAACAAAGUAACAAACACUAAUACAUUGCUAAGAAUAUACGUAUCAUAAUAUUAUUUUAUAUACAAUCCAAUUAUAGACUAAUGAUCAUGAUAUACGCUAGUAUAAAUCAAGAUAAUAUAUUUUUAAAUUACUCGAAUCAAAAUUUCUGUCUACCUACUUUAAAGACAUUUUAAAGAAAAUUUACACCCAUCUUUAAUUUUGACAAAGACAAAAUUCUGCUGCGACAUAUAUGUAUAAAUAUAUCUUAGAUAUUUCAAUUUAGUGAGCUUAAAACAAGAAGGUAACAAAAUCGUUCACAUUAAGCAAAACAUGUAUGAAUUCUUAUCAAGUACACACCCAUUUACAACAUAGUUGAAUUCACCAACAUAUCACUUAUAUAAAGUUGUAAACCCAAAAUACUGAGUAUAUUAAGCUGAGGAUCUUUUUGUAACAGUUAAAAUGCUUCUAAAUCCUAAAUCUCCAACACAAAGUGACUGUUGUAUUACAUCUCGGCAUUGCUAAUCCCUGAAAAAACAAACUUCAGCUUGUAUAGGAGAGUAUUAUCCCAGAUGAAGAUCAACAUUACCGAUGAAAGCUCUUUGCACUUAAUCACUGAAGAACCCUACCCUAUUUUUCUGUAAAAGUUUAAUUUCUAAUUUUGUUACUUGUAAAACUAAUGACUUAACGAAUUUCGUGGGGACUAGUCCCGACUAUUCCAUACGCUUGAGAUAUCCUCAUGUUAAACAAAAAAAAUGAAAUAGAAGUAACAAAUGUAGAGAUAUAUAAUCUUUUAACUUUCAUAUUAUAUUGUUUGUGGUAGAAAUUAGAAGUUGAGGCAUUAAUUUAUAGUUUACGUAAUAUUGAAUUAAGAGAGAUUGGAUAUCCGAAGUCAAAUGGAUCCGAAGAUAAACGAACAUAUGUACACUUUACCUUAUAUUUCUAGUUUAUUUAUCUUAUUUUAUUCAAAAUAUUUAUAUUGAUAUUGUAUAUGGUUCAAAAUCAUAUAAUAUACAUAUAAUUGCGGACAAAAUGAUUUACUAUUCACUUAAAAUGCAUCUCAAGCUUUUUGUUUCUUGCAUUAACAAAAAUUAGAUUCAAAUUCUCAAAACAACAACUAAAUUAGUGUUUUUUUUAUUUUCAACAUUUUUUUUCAAACCUAUUAAUAGUUCAACUAUUAAAAUUUAAAAGCCUGUUAAGUUCAUUGUAAAAUUUUAAGUAUAAGAAACUUGAGUAAUGAGAAAUUUAAUUUCGUUUUUCAAAAUCUUAUAUAUCCGAAAUAACAAACCCGAAAUAAGAAUACAAGAAUCCGGCCCGAUAUGUAAAAAUAACCAAACGGAUUAUAAACCCCUAAUAUUGAAAUAUCCGAUCUGAACUCGAACAGGUAUCCAAAUGCCCAUAUCAGUUUAUAUAUAUAUAUAUAUAUAUAAUAUCAUGUAAUAAAUAUAUGUAAUAAAUGUCAAGUUUGGAUAUUGUAUAUUACAGUUUUGGUUUCUCCGGUGAAAUCCGUGCGUGUUCAGCAAAGUGCCUGAGUUCAAGUUACUUGCUUUAACAAAUUUUAUGUAUCACUAUUUUCGACGUUAAGAGAGAAAGUAAGAAUUCUAAAAAGCUCACAUGACUGAUAAAGUUCAAUAUAUAAAUUAAUGUAAAAAGGUGCAUGUCCAUCUUUAAAGUGGUGAUGUACAUGCACCUUUUUACAUUAAUUUAUAUAUAUAAUUAUAUAUUUACAAAACAAAGUACAACAAACUUUGAUAAAUAAAUUUGUACUUAAAACAUGUAUACAAAAGGAAUAAAUACAAAAUCACUAUAUUAUUAACCAACAUUUGCAUUCGAAUGAAAUGAAUUAGAAAAAAAAAACAGAUAACAAAAAGUUAAUCAAUCAAAUGUUCUUAAAAACAUCAUAUUUUUUUUUAUCGUUUAUAAUAUAUAGAACCAUAUUUUACUUAUGUAAUAAUCUAUAUUUCAGAAUCUGUAUAAUAAUAUUAUAAUUCUCAUCUGAAUCAUGAAAUAAGAUUUUCGGACAGAAAAAAAAAUCUUUACUAAACUUUGCAAAGUAACUUUGAUGUGGGAUGUAUUUGCAAAAUGUUUACAGGUAGGGAAACAAGUUGCAUAGUUUUUUCCAAGUUUCAGGCUAAUGUUUCUGAGAACACAUUGUAUUUGUAUCAAGAUAUUUUUAAUACAAGAACCUAUUUUUUACAAAUUUUAUGCUAUUUAAUAUUUAUGAAACUUAAUCGCGAAAAGAGCUUUUCUAAUUACUUACGAAUUUACAAAAAACAAAUAUUUUCUAGAAUCAAGGUAACUAGCUAAAUAACUCCAUGCUAAAACCUACCAAUUUGCCGGUCUAUCGUUCGGCCGGACUAUCCAGCCCAAGUCAAUAUUUUUUUUUUUAACGUUGGAUAUAUUAUGUUAUUACAAACUUGGAAAAAUAUUACAUAUGAUUAGACAGCCGACAAUUCUACAUGUUUUAUGAAGAUUCACGCUAACUACAUCACCUGAACCGCCUUAUCGAAUUCAUCCUUGACGGUACUUUUUACGCCAUGCUGCAAUUUUUUUAUAAGCCGUUUUCACAUUAAUUUAUAUAAUUCUGCUUUCUCCGGAAAUCGAAACUCAGACUUCCUGGUAUAAAAGCAUUAAUGAACUGAAUUUUUGAUCAAACCAGUGGACCAAAUGAGCUUCCACAGUCCAAGUCAAUAUCUAGUAACAAUCCAAACAUUUUCAGCCCAUCAAUUUUUAGUCCAAACCUCACAUCUUCAAUAUGAGACCCCACGGUCCCUAAGUGGCUCACGAAUUUUGUUUUACUUUCUGCAUGCUCAUGAAAUUAACCAUUGUACUUGUAGUAGUGCAUACAAAGAAGUAAUCUAAAGUACAUAUCUUCUUUCAAAAACUCAUCCAUGUCUCUAGCCACCGUUCCAUGCGUUAUGCAGUCUUUUUGAUCCACGGGAAUUGAAUGAAAUAAAUCUACAGAUUUAAAAUGAGAAAAUGAAGUAUACUGAAUUUUUUUUCUGCAGUGUAUAUUAACUAUGAUAGCAUUUAUUUCCCAAUUAUUAUAAUUCCUAAAAAAUAAGUUAUUUCCAUUUAUUCCAAUAGUAUUAAAUGCAUUCAUGUGUUACACAUUGUAACCCCUUCCCCAAUUCAUGGCAAUAUAUUUAUUGUCUCCCAGUAUUAUUUUCAAAUUUCAAAUCAUUCUCUUCUCCCUCAUAAUAAAUCCCUCUUUAUUCCUUCUGAAUUUAUUUUCUUGGUAAAGCCCAACACACACACAAAGAAAACCAUUUUCUCGUGAAAAAGAUCUAAGAGAAAGUCUCUUUCCACACAAAGAAAACACUCAUGGCUUCACAAUGGACAAUACCAAAACUUGUUACUUGGAGAGUCAAAGAUUGGGCCUCCUGUUUCUUGGCUUGCAAGAUUCCUAUAGACGUAGAGGAGGAUGGAGUUGCUAACAACAGUAACACAACGAACAACAACACUCUAAUGUUCAAGAGGACAAAGAGGAAGAUUAAGAAGAAGAGGUCAGAGAGGAAGCUCAGUCUAAGCCCACCGGGGACACGUCAUCAUCAUCAUCUAAGAGGCAGCAGCAGCGUUUCUCCGACAUCGUCGUCUCAUAACCGGAGGUUGAGCUUGCCGCAGCCACCGGCCUCAGAAGAACCUGCAGGCUUCAUAGUCUUUUGCUUCGACCGUGAGGAUGGAGGUUUCGACGUUGUGAAAGAAGGGAAAGAAGAGAGGAAAGAGGUGGAAUUGUCAUCUGAAAAGUCACCGAGAACGGUACAGCGUAAGCUUAUUUAUGGAGACCAAGGGGUAGGUAAAGGAGAGAAGAAUAACUCUCUGGAGAUUAUAGGGACAGAACAAUAUCAUCAGGCCGAUAAGACUACAUGCCAAGAAACUGAAAAUGUCUCUUGUGGUGUUCAUGAUCCGAAAAACGAGGAAGAAGAAGAUAUUGAUGCAUCUGAUAAAUCUACCGGGUCUACUCACUCAGAUGAAGGAAGGGGAUCGUUUGCAUUUCCCAUAUUGGGAGUUGAGUGGAUGGGGAGCCCUGUCCUGAUGCCUACACCAGAUGACUUGUCUCCUAAGAAACAAAAACCGAUAGCUUUAGGGUUCCAAUGCUGUAGAUUCUAAAAAAAAAAAUACAACUCUAUAAGCUUUUAUGAGAUUCUUUUGUAUCACUCUGUUUAUGAUAAAAAGAAACGCUAUGAAAAGACCAAAUAAUCUACAAUUUAGACUUGAACUCA